AGCCAAAUUUUCCACCAAAAAAACUUUCAGUGAGAAGUGUGCCACUAAUCUUAGCCAGAAACUCUUCCUAGCAGGUGUCUACUCUGUGAAAAUGGUGAUAUUCAACAUACCUUCAAAUCAUGAAAGUCAUUAGUUAUGGCAUCACUGAGUCAUUACCAUCUACAUGGUGCAGAAAGAAAUGUCCUGGUGAAGAGACAAAAGAAGCCAGAGUAUGAAACAAUACAGGAAAAUUUCAGGAACCGAGUAUUUUCUUGCUUUCAAUGAGGGUUUUCAGGGUCAGGCACUGCUUUCUCAGUGUGAUGAGAUGCUAAUAAGGUCCUGCUUUUCAAGAGGAGCUUCAGCACCCUCUUUGCUGACCAUGUUUCCAAGCUUGCUGGUAAGCAGCAAAAAUGAUUCUAACUGCACCACUUUUAUCCGUGGUGCAGUCACAAACAAUGCAGAGCUGGGUCUUGUAUUGUUUAUUUAUAGUGAUGUCCACAGAAUGCUGGGUCUUUCUCACGCCUUCAGUGCUGGGUGAGUCAGCCGGAGUUAAGUGAAGACAACCAGCAGUAGGCAGCGUCUGUGCAAACGGAAUCUAUUCAGGGGUAAAUAGAUUUUCAGAGUCAUAAAUAGGAAAGGGUGGGAGUAUCUGGAUGAUGUUGUGCCAAACCUAAGGGAGUGCCACGUGGGAAGAGACAUGCAUUGAUUACAUGAAAGUUGAUGUGUGGGUAGAUGACAUCUAAUCAAUCUAUGGAGUGAUAUUUUGGGGUUCACAGGAGUCAGUGCAGGGUUUUGCAGGAACCCUGAAGUCUUUGUCUUCCCUCAGAGUGAGAAAGUCUCUGGUUCACAAACUGCUUUCUCAAUUACUUUUAAUGAUGAGAUGAAAUCAGUAAGGAUGUGGCAACGUUCAUUCCUAUAAGAAACAAAACCUUUGGCACUUUGUGUGAAAGCAGAGACGCUGCCAUCCCACCACCCUACCAAGUUUCUGAUGUGCAGAUGAGAGCUCAGGUGGAAGGAAGGUGCUGCUCUGUGACUUGUACUUAAGAUGCCAGGUCUGGACAGCUGGGUGUCCUCUCUGAGCCAGUCACUGCUUUGAUGCGUGACCUUCAGCAAUAUAGGAACAUUUUCCUGCCUUUCCCCACUAUAGUGAGAAAUCACUAUACUCUCUACCUCCCUAUGUACAGUAAUGAGCUGCUUGAAAAAAUGUUUUGGGACACUUGGCAGCAAGAUUUCUCAUUUAGUUGGAGAGAGCAUUCAUUGUAUUUCAUGUAAAGGCAACACAUGGCAUUCAGAGAAGUUGGUUAAUAGUUUCUCCCUUUCAUCUCUGAGAUGGAUGAAUGUGAUGUUCCUUUCAUUUUGCUCAUGUGCUCAGACACUUCAAUGCACUCAGCCCUGCUAUGUCACCCUCUCUUCCUCAGUACAGAUAUUCAGCAUACUUUGAAAUGGUUGAAGCUGACCUAUUGGUCCACUGCCCUGGCUUUCAAGAAAUGGUUCUUCCAUGCUGGAUGGAGCUGCUGAAGGGACUGCCAUUGCGCCGUACUUUCCUGGCUGUCAUCCUGAACCUGCUGGCCCUCACCCUCUCCACCACUGCCUUGCUGGGCAGCUACUGGUGCACCGGGACCCAGAAAGUACCCAAGCCUUUGUGUGGGAAGAACAAAGCCUCCCAGUGCGUGGGUGUCCCCAUGCCAUCUGAUGAAGAUACGAGCAAUGUUUCGUCUGAGGACACAGUGCACUACAGCUGGGAGACUGGAGAUGACCGCUUUGCCUUCAGAUACUUCCACACAGGGAUGUGGCUUUCCUGUGAAGAGAGCAUGGAAGGGCCAGAAGAGAAAUGCCGCAGCUUUAUUGAGCUUUCACCACCAGCAGAGAGAGGAAUCCUGUGGCUGUCACUAGGAUCAGAGAUGCUGUACAUCAGCUUGCUGCUCAUCAGCUUCAUCCUCCUGAUGGUGGAAAUUCUGCAUACUGGCAAUCCUGUCUGUGGGAUGAAGCUCAAUGCCUUUGCUGCUGUCUCCUCAGUGCUGUCAGGUCUCCUUGGGAUGGUGGCACACAUGAUGUACACUCAAGUCUUCCAGGCAACAGUUAAUCUGGGACCGGAGGACUGGAGACCGCACACGUGGGACUAUGGCUGGGCAUUCUACAUGGCCUGGGCCUCCUUCACCUGUUGCAUGGCCUCUGCUGUCACCACUCUCAACACCUACACCAAGACGAUACUGGAGUUCAAAAGGAACCACAUCAAGGGAUAUGAUGGGACUCUCAAGGAUCACCCUCAGCACCACCAAUGCUUCAUACAGCAAAUAAGCAGCUACUAUGAGCCCAAAGGCAAGGUCUUCCAUUCAAUUUCUGAAGGAGUUGACUUCUACACUGAUCUGCAGCAGAAAAUGCUACAGCGGGAACCAGAGCUGGACCUGGAUGAAGUCUUGGGCCAGACAAUUGGGGAGGAUCGCUGUUAGGGAUGAGUGUACAGGGACAGAGCAGUGGGGUUUGGGAUGCACAAGAGCUCUGAACCAAGCAAUGGCACCACUGUUAGCAGGUUUUGUGGAGCUCUUCUUGUCUCUACAGGGAGUGAAGAGGUGGGAACUGGGUCAGGGCAACUAGAGUAGAAGUUUGGGGAUCCUCUGUGGUCAUAUACAGUAUGAUAGGUGCCCUCAUCUGACAAGGGUGAAACUGGAGGGACAUGCUGGUGCCAGCUGUCUCUAAGCACUUUCAGAGUUGAGUCAGAUGGCCUAAUCCCAGUAUUGCACUUGGGAACAGAGUCAGUACCAUCCAGAUGGCAAAUUGCACUGCUGGGUAGUGUCACACUGACCUUCCAUCGACGCCUCCAGUUCAGUGCUAUGGUGAAGACAAUCAGUGUUCAUAUUGAUCAGCUGCCACCCUCUCUGAACACCCUGUUUAUUCUUAAUUUUCAGGCCCAAACUCUUCUCCCUGCCCCCAGAUUAAAAGUCCUGCUGCAGUAAGAAUAGGGGGUAGCUUUCAGACAUCUCUCUCCUCCUCUUUCCCAUCUGUAAUGACUCCCACAUAUUCCCUUCUUGCUUUUUUUGCCCAAAAAUCUCCCAUUCUGAGGUACUUUGCUGUAUGCAUCUGUUUACUGUUUCUUCACAAUCUUUAAGAAUUUGGCAGGACUUUUGGUUUUUAUGUUACUUCUAUUGAUCUGUUCCUUUUUGUCCAUUGUAAAAAUAUUGCAAACAACCCCUGAAUCAAAACCCCAAGCAAACUCGUAAUCUCUCAAAGGUGAAACACUGGUUCACAUGACACAUGAUGCUGUCCACAGUAUUUAUUUUGCUCCACUGCAGUUCAAAUACAUUUUUCCAACAAUAUACAGACAGACUCUUUAUUCACAGUGGGGGCAGGGGAGGGGAUGUGGCCAGGGUGAAUUCACAUUAAAGAGGAGCUAACAUCACUGCUUUUGAAUAUCAGUUCUCUCAUGAAGAAUCUCGGAAGAGUAACUACUUAGGUAACAGCCAAUUCACCUUUUCCAGCAAGGUGGUGGCUGGACAGGAGGGAAGAGGCACUCCUGUUUAAUCCCUCAUACAUUACUGGUCCUCACACUUUCAGUCCUAUUAUGCAGCUCUAUUAACUGACUACAUAUUAUAAACACGAAACCCUGUCUGGAGGAAAAUGCCAGGCCUAGAGCCAUUGCUACAGUUGUGCUAAUAUAUACAAAGCUAUUUACACAAAAAUACCAUUAAACAUAUACAAACUGUUCACAGGCUCUGACAUUAGGAGAUCAAGGCCCAAGGACCAGCCUUGGGGUUUGCAGCUAAACCUGAAGGGCUAUCCUGGAAGCUUUAUAUAGGGAUGUGGGAUGAUGAGAGGGUGAUACAGCAAAGAGAGGUGUCAAGGGCCGAGGAAAGCAAACACAUGGCUAAUGUGCCCAUCUGGAAGGAGGGUCAAAGUCUGCUGUCACCUCACAACUCAUGGGGAAAUGUGGGGAGGCUGGAAGGGCACAUGCUAGACAGAAGAGUCCUUUGCAAUCCUCGUCUCACCUGGCUCUGUUUAAUGUCAAAGGCCAUAGAAUGGCAUACAAAGAAAGCAGUUCCUAUAUUGUUGCCCUAAACUGUGGGGAACUACUGGGGCACCAAAGUGGUUCCUUUCUAUAUGGUCUUUUCUACUACAAGAAAAUUCAUACAGAUGCUCUUCAAACACAAGAGAGAAUGAUGGCACACUCUUGGACACAGUUCAAAACACCUAACACACUGUAAACAAAUGUGUCCCAGGGGUAUCUUGUUCCUCCUGGAGCUGCACACAGGGCUGGCAAGGGAAUGGCAAUAUUGAGCUUAGAGUAGGG